GGUAGAAGGGCUGUGGUAGCAACUUGCUAUCCAUUGUCGCUACAAUAAGUUUUUAAAUGAAUGAUGUUGAAACCUAAGCAAUAAUUCCCACAAAAUAUAACUAUAGAUCAAUUGUUCUCCAAAAUCAGUGGCACUGUUUCAAAAUCUUUGCAUAACUUCACUAAAACCUUAGUUAUAAUCAUAAUAAUGGUAGUUCACAUGACAAGACCAUUCAGCCAUUCUUGUUCAUCAACUCAAAUCUUUGUCAAUUCAACAGUUAAUGAUACACCAUUGGUUCAUUAUGAGAGAAGCAUAUGAAGAUUCUGUUCAGUCCAAACCAAGUAGCUUUGUAUAUAUUUUGAUAACAUCAUCAUCAGGUAUACCAGACAGUGAAAAGUUUAUGAAAAAAUCAAUCAAAAAGGUAAUGUUUAAGAUAAAAUUAGACAAUUGGAUAAAUGUGAUAUCUACCAUUUUCUCAAACCUACCUGUAUGAUUACAAUCUAUUACUAAAUGAUGUAAAUAAUGUCACAUGGGAGUUCUGCAUGCGGCAGGACAUGUGCUUUCCUUAUUUCAUAAGCCCAGCAUGUUGGCUAUUAAACACUUGAACAAGAUAUCAAUAAGGACAUAUAAUGAGUCUUAAACACUUAAUAGAUAUCAAUAAAAUACACUUAUAUUAAGUAUAAUACAUUAAUGUAAUGGUUUGAAGAUGUAUAAAUUGUCUCUUCUAACCAAUAUGCCAUGUGUAACUUUCUGUGAUAGCCUGUUAACCUUUGAAAUAGUAUUGACAUUGCGGUACACUCCUCAAAUAAAAAUCACCAUCAAUUACAGACAUGACUUAUUUAGACCAUUUCCAUUGAUUUUUUUCUGGUGGCAUCAUCAAGCGAGUUUAAUAACAUCAAAUUAGAAUCGCUUUACAUUCUGGUGGUAUAAUCAUUACAAGAUUUUAAACCUCUAACACAUAAUAGAUUCAUAAUACAACCGAGACUAGAAAUUAAUUUACAGUAACUUUCUUAAUAAUAUAUUUUCUUUACAAUACAAUACAAUACAAUACAAGCUGUAUAUCCAAACACCUCUACAAAUGAAUACCUCUCAAUGUGAACACUUUUUCUCAGUCAGAAAUUUGUUGUCAAUGACCUACAUGAUGAAAACACUUUGAAAAAUGAACACCUGCAAGUGUAACCUGGUGUCUUGAGUAAAUUUCAGUUUACUUCAAUGGAAGGUGAACUACUUAAUUCUCUUAUUUAGAUGAGUGUCAGGAGAUUACUAUUGGCAUAUAAGUUUUGCUUUGUCCCAUCUGAUGUUAUGUUCCACUAAUUCAUUAUAUUUUUCAGUUAUAUGCUUCUUGAUUUCUUCUGGUUUGUUUCUGCAAUAAAGUACUUAGCUUAUUUAAGUUCUUCAAUAUUCCCUUUUUGUGCCACUGGAUCAAUUAGUGUUUGCUGCCACUUUCAACCAGUUAAUGCUUGGGUAAUUAUGAUGACAAAUAAACUAUUUUACUACUUACUACUACUGUAAUUAUUAUGACACCUGACAGCUCAUUUACAGUGCUAUUCAGGGAUUUUGGCUGUUCAGAAAUCACAUUUUAAGACAUGUGAAUAAUUCUUGGUUUUAUAACUAUUUAAUGGGCCAUUAAUGACUAUUGAUUGUCAAUUUGUGUAAUUGCCAUCACAUAUAAAACCAGAGGAUUGCAUUCAAAUGUACAAAACAGAUUAAACUUGGAUAUGAAUCAGUCGUUAAUCAAGAGAAGAGAAAAUGUGGCAAUUAAACACAAAUCAUACUAAUAAUGAAAAACUAAAAGAAGAAAAUAGCAAGGAUGGAAAAUUCAAUGAUGAUUUAACAAAUGACAGUAUAAUAAUUAAACAGAAGUUUCCAGUCGAAUCAAAGAAUGGUACAAUUUCACUAAAAGAAUAUUUGUAUGAUUGGGUUGAUAACUGUGUCUUACAUGGUAUAAAGAACAUACGUGCCAGUAAAAAUACAUUCCAUGGAUUAUUUUGGUUGAUAGCUGUUCUGAACUUCACUGUUUGUUUUGUCUUCUUUGGGAAACACCAAGUAACAUUAUUCAUAUCCAAACCAGUGAAGCAAAUCCAAACAAUUGAGAAAUCACAGAUUGAGUUCCCGACAAUCACCAUCUGUCCGAUAAAUACAUACUCACAGCGCAAUAUGGAUAGAAUACGCGGAAACAGUUCCACAACCACAAGUACUUUUUUUGAGAACAUACAAAAGAUGCCUUUCUCUCAAGAUGAUGCGGCAUUUUCAUCAUCUUCUGUUGGAACAACUCGUCAGUUUGCGUACACAAAUAUAUAUUACAGUGAACUGCAGCAAAGUGGUCACCAGGCAAAAGAUUUCAUUGUUUCAUGUCGGUACAAGAAUCGUGGAUGCACCUACAAGGACUUUAAAUUGCUUGAGUCUGUGAUGUACCAGAAUUGCUACAGCUUUAAGGCUAAUGACUCAGUUGAUAUUGCUGUAGAGACCAUGGGUCUUUCUCUUGUUUUAUUCACCGAAGAUGAAGUUCAUUCAGAUGUAAUGAAAGGUGGAGGCAAAUAUAAGAGGAAUGCAUAUAGUGAAGCUGGAAAACCAUCAGAUUAUGGAGCUGGAGUGAAAGUAUUCAUCCACCCUCCUGGUACUCCAAUUGAUGUUGCUGCUGGAGGAAUCACAGCAGCUGUUGGCAUGACAACAGAUAUUGGCGUGAAUGUUGAGAAUAUAAAAUGGCUAGAUGAUCCUUAUCCUAACCAAGCAUGUGUGCCAUCAACUGAGAUUGAACAUCACCAUAAUGACACAUACAGCCAAGAGACAUGUUUCUCUAAUUGUGUCCAGGACUUCUUGAAGGAGACAUGUGGUUGUGGGUCAAUAUCAUAUGCGGGAACACCUGCAGAAUCUCCUCCUGAAGAAAUGUGUGGGAAUUUUGCUAACAUUAGUGCGCUAACCUUUUAUGCAUAUGCCACCGGUAUAUUGGAAUGGGUGUGUUUGUUGAAAAAUCAAGAACAGUUCAAUGCCAGCUCUAAGGCAGAAUGUAACUGCCCUCCACCUUGUGACCAGAUCACUUAUAAGCCAACAAUAUCACAGGGGGUGUUUCUUCCAAGCUCCUACCAGUACUCAUUCCUAGAGAGGCUAACAGGCACUGCAUGUCCAGAGGACAGUUCUGACCUGCCCAAAUAUUACUCCCUCCUAAUGGGGGCAGUGAUGGAUGAAAAUGGAAAAAAAGUUGACUGUAAUAAAGCCCUGGAGACUAUUUUAGCAGAGGAAUUGGUAUCAAAGAACUUUCUAAGGGUGAAUGUUAAGUUUGAGUCCACUUUGGUGUCAACUACAACAAUGACCCCUGACUACACAGGGUCUGAUCUGUUCAGUGACCUUGGGGGAACACUUGGACUGUGUCUAGGGGGGAGUAUGGUAGGCGUGGUAGAAAUAUGUGAAUUACUUGUAGGACUGUUUCUGAAAACUUUACGCAAGAUAAAAGUAUCAACAGUAAAACCAAUUAAUAAAGCAAUCAAAACUGCAUGGUAAAAGAGACAAUACAUACACAAUAUACACGACAAUGCCCCUUGUAACUUUUACAUUUAAUUUCUAUUUGACAGUUUGUUUGAGAAGUUGUUAUCUAUAGCCAUAUGCUCUCUUAAAGUUUCAUUGUACAUAGUGUAUGCAUUUGUGCAUAUAAUAAAAUAUGGCUGAUUUAAGUAACUAAUUUGAAUUUACUGGAUUUCUUACUUUUUAUUUUGGAAAUUUUCAAAAACAAUUGUUUUGUUUUUUGUUAAUAAAUUGCACACUGGUGUCUAUUGUAUAUAAACGAUAAACAUUCAAAUAGACUCAUUUUCUUGCAACUUUGCAUUAGACCUAGCAAUAAAUGAAAAUGCAAAAAUAGUUCAUUUAAUCUUCUGCCAUAGGUAGCUGAGAAUCUACCUGCUACUGAGAAUCCAGUGGUUAUUCACAAUUGCCACGAACAAACAUUUUUAACUGCUCAAAAAUUCACUCACUAAACAUUCCCUGGUUGUUUACUGACCUUUUUCAAAAUUCUGAAAUUCCCUGACAAUUUUGAGAUUUUUGAGGAGAUUCUGCAAUUCCUCUACCAGGGACAAAACUUUAUUCUUUCUGACUUUUGCCUGACUGUGGAUACCCUGUUACUUUGGUAUCCCAAACAUAUUCGUAAAUCAUUUAAUAAAAGCUCUUUAUUAGGUUUUAAUGUGACAUCAGUCAAAUAAACUUAUUUGAGAUUUUGAGAUUAUUUUUCAAAAUAAGUCCGAAUACUAUUUCAUAAUAAUAAAUUACUUUAAAAUGGAGUAAAAACAAUAAAGUACCAUUUGAUUUCUUCAGUGUGUUCUCUGUAAUGUCUCUGUGAGUGUAGAGUGCGAUUGUAGAGUACAGCUACACUACCAAUGAAAUAAGCUAUCUCAUCAUUGGCCAGUACAUGGAUGUUGCUACGGCAAUCAUUCCCCCGGUAACCAUAC